GGAAAGUGAAUAAUCAUCAGAGAGGCGCGUACUCCAAAUUUUGAGCAAGAUGAGCAAGAAAAUGUGGAACAAGAUCUUUAAAUCAAAGUCGCAGAAGCCUCAGCCACUGGCCAAAAUCAAUAAGCGGCACAGUAGGGGCAUCUACGAGGAGUACCAGCAACUCAACGAUUUGCUGGUCAGCGAAAAAGCUCAGCUGAAUUUCUGCAAUCAAAGGGAAAACGAAAACGAAAAUGGAAAUGGCUGUGGAAAUGGCAGCAUUAACGUAUUUGAACAGCAGCCGCUGAAGAGUUCUUUCAACUCGCUGCAGCUUAUUGAGGCGCAACAAUCACUGCCGCAACAGCAGCAGCAGCAUCAGCAGCCGCAGCAACAGCUGUCCACAUUUUCGCGCGUUCGCAAUACGUUUUCCCUAAAACGCAACAGCAACGGCAGCAGCAGCAGCAGCAACAAUAAAGGCAAGAAAAAUCUGCCCAAUGCCAAGUCAACCACAUUCAACACGGAGGCCGAGUUGGAAGCGCCCGAAUGCGGGCAGGAGGAGGAGCCCUCUUCGCCGCCACCGCCGCCGCUCACCAGAGGACUGCCGCUGCCCGUGCCCGAGAUAGUGGCCAUCAACCCCAGCGAUCUGACGCCCUGUCCGUGCUGCAGCCGCACCUUCAACUUGAAUGCCCUGCGCAAGCAUGUCGUCGUCUGCGAGAAGAUCUCAAAGAAGCGCAAUACCUUUGAUUCCUCGCGCCAGCGCCGCGAGGGCACAGCACUUUCCACGUAUGUCCUUCCCAAAAACUUUGGCCUGCCCAAUGCUGAGAAGGUGUCUGGAGUUCACACCCCCACCGCUGGGAGUCGGGAUCCCGUAGGCACGGGAUCCAAAAUACCAACAGACAGUGUGGGCUCUCCUCUGCCCAUUCGUCGCAACUCCCAAACCGAUCUGGUUCGCUCUACGGCCCGAGCUUCCGUGCGUAGAGCAGGGGGCACAGCAACAGGAACAGGAGCUGCUGCAACAUCGCCCGCAGGCGACCCAAACCAUGUACCAGCCCGCGAUCGCUCGCUGGCCAAGCGUAUCAAGGGUGUGGCCUCCGAGCACUGUCCCCACUGCGAGCGCAACUUCAACGUGAAGGCCUUCGACCGGCAUGUGGAGUGGUGCAAGGAGAAAGCGAUUCAGGCCACCAUUAAGCUGGCCAACACCCAGGAGACGUCGAAAGCAAAGGAACGGCUCGACGCCAGGAAGCAGUACAGGCCGCCCAAUCUCAAGACGAAGCGCUCGAUCAACCGGAACAAGUACUCCGGCAACCACGAGGAUCUGCUGGACGCCGGCGACAUGACGGCCCCCAAGCAGAGCCUGAUGUCGCUCCCCUCCAUGACCUCGUCCGUGCACAGUGAUAACCCUCCUAAAGCAAAGAAGCUGGCACGGCCCCAACCAAAGAACGGCACGCCCGCAGUCCGCAGCAAGGCCGAGGGAUCCAGCACAAAAGUCACGCAAAACACAGUUACCUUGUGCGUGACCCAAGACGACGAUCCACCGGCAGCCCCAGCUCCGCCAAAGGAGCGCGUCCUACGCGCCAAACGCAAGCCUAUCGCGACUUGUGACCGCAUCACCGAAACGAUGGAUCGCUUGCGAAGCCAAUCCAGCGGCGAAACCCUCCAGCUGGACUGUGUGGAGGCGGCACCGCUGAAGCCAGCCGCCAGGCUCCGCAAAGGGAUGACCAAUCGGGAAAGGGUCGAUGCUGCCGAGAAGGAAAUGUCGUUGCCGGCACUCAAAUUCGAGGAUCUCAAUCGGUUGAUCAAGCGAAAAGACCCUACGACCAUCGUAAAAGCAACUAAAAUGGAUGAAACACCGCAGGAGGUGGUUAAAGUGAAGGUGCGUUCCUCCACAUCGCUAGUGCGGCAGGCACGUCGCCGCAUCCGCACACGGGAGCAUCCCAGCUUGGAGUUGCGCAACUUGGAGCAGGAAAUGACCCAAGCCUCGUUCCCGUCACCAUCAUCGCCAACUAAGAAAGCGAACUCCAUGCAGAUAUCGCCCGAAGAUGAUAUGGAUUGCAGCCUUGUGCCUCUGUCGCGGAGACCGGGUGUUGCCUAUUCCGAUUACGAGGACGAUUCGCCGCGAGCCGAGAUCCAAAUCAAAAUGGAAACGACCACCACGCGAACUGUAUGCCGGCCCAAGAAGCGGACUGGCCAGGCCACCAUGGAGAUGAACAGCUCGUUACCCAUGCGGGCCCUGCCCAUGCCCCAGCUGCAGCAAAGCCUCGAGGCCCUCGGCCACACCAUGAGCCAUACCAAGCUGCCCAGACUGCAGCUCGGCAGCGAUCGGCUGCAGUUCGAGCGCAAUGUCAUUGAAAUGGAAAACGAAUCGAGUGAGCUGGAAUGGAGCGAGGAAAAUAUGAUGAGGAGGUCCGCGAAUAUCCUCGAACGCACGUCCAGUCCGAAUAGCGGAGAGUUCCCGCAGGUCGAGGACAGCGACGUAGAAGCUGAGAGCGAUCAGCGGCCUGUCACGAAGCUGCCUCUUGUGGCCAAGCAGAGCGGCAGCAGGAUCAGUCGCUGUCUGGUGAUGCUCGAGCAGGACGAGGAUGGAAAAAUGUACAUCAAGGAGCCGCCUGCCAAGGACGACAGCCACCCUGUCAGCGGCGACAAGUACGAUCCCUUCCUCUCGGCCAAACGUCAGCUGGAGGAGCUUUGCUCCCCCGGCACGCCGCCGGAGCAGGAGGAAGUUUCGGUUCCCCCAACAGCCACACUAACAGCCACACCAAGUCUUUCCAUGACCACCUCGUUGACCAUGCCGAGCAGCAAAGCACCGCCGACCACCCCGAAACCCACACCUGCCUCCAACUUCCGGCGCACUUCCUCUCUACGAGGCCCCCGGCGGACACCGCUGCUGCCUAGUCGUCCGUUGUUUGCGACCAACUAUCGCCCCACCAUACAGCGGGGUCUCUCCGACGAGGGCCCCAUCUCCACGAACUUCCUCAAGCCGGAAGAGUACGACGAGAUGCCGGUGCGCGCCGCCUGCGUCAACGACUUCCACAGUCCACGCGUGGUCCGCCGGGAUACGAGUACGUCCAACCGCAAGCAGAUGCUGAAGCUACCGGUGGGCGUUGGCGCUGCCAGUGACACCACAGCUCAGGCACUGCCCGGGCGCAACGUGGCCAAGACCGACUCCCUGGCGGUGUUCCUUAAAUACGAACACGAGCUGGAAGAGCUGAAUGCCAAGGCAGCGGAGGUGGCAGCCGCCAGUCAGCUGACCAGCAAAGAGCUCAAGGAUAAGAGCAACAACCUGAGCAAGCAGAACUCGGCCAAGAACCUGACCACGUCCAGCAAUCCCGGCCAGCUGCCGCCCCUGACCUUGACCACGGUGACACCAUCAGCAUCAGCACCAAAGAGGGUGCCCAACAACUACCAGCCCAUUGCCACCCCCUUGCGGCUGGAGCCCAUCAGCAGACCAGCGACGGCGACGCCAUCAGUCCAUCAGCCCGUCAGCGGUGGGGCGAACACCCUAACACCCAUCAAGCUGGAGAGCAUCUUCGGCUUUGGCCGUCCGGCCGCAGCGGGCGGCGGAGAGUUCAUGGACCCAAAGCUGAUCAACGCAUGCGAUAAUCUGCACGUGUCCAGCGGCGUAGCCUCGGAUGCCAGUUCCACGCCACAGCAGCUGUCGCAGAGCCGAAGUCGGAGCAGCUCCCAGUCGACCAUCACCUACGAGCGACGUCAGUCCGGAGAGGCCAGGAAUCUGCUGAAGCGAAAGAUGCGCUUGGGACGCAAUCAGUUUCUGUACGAUGCCUCGCCGGAGGAUGCCGAUGCCUCGUCGGGGUGCUCCGCCGACGAUGAGGCCAAUCGGUCCUCAAUGGAGUACGACGAGCAGUGCUGGCAGCAGCAACAGAAGCAACUGCUGGCCAAUCCACUGCCCCUGGUCAUGCCGAUGGGCAACAUGCCCACCUUCGACGACUUUGACUUUGAGGAGUUUCUCUCCUCAUUCGAGAACGAGAAUGACGACGAGCAGUUCCCGCUGUUCAAAGAUUGUCGCGAAUUCCUGCUGAAUCGCACAACGAGCAGGCAACGCUCGUUCCAGAAAGCGACUUCGACACCACAACAGACCACUACAGCCACACUGAGACCGGCCACCACCAGUAGCAUCCUUCAGCCCAAGUCACAGCCCACUAAAGACCCUCACACCCACAGAUCCAACUCGAAUAGUUCGAAUAGCAAGGGAGGCGAGAAAUUGCAGAUGCAGAUGCAGCGCCAGCAAUCGAAUGCAUCCAGUGGUAGCAGCCACGACGAAAAGAUGCAGCAGAUGCCAGUGCAGAUGGUGGGGAAGAGGCCAGUCGAGGAUCAGCAGAAGCGGGAGAUCUUCAUCAGCAUCGAGACGGAGACAAAUGCCCACGGCCGUUCCCCAAUUUCUCCCGACUCGCUGCGCCACAUGGUGGGCAAUUCACAGACGCCCAUCGACGUGCUGCACAUAGAGAAUGGCAACGAGCCGGAGCACGCUCGGUUCAGAAAGAUCAGCGAUACAGAGGACGCCUAUGUCGACGCCCAGGACGGGCCUGAUGAUCGGGCCAGCCAGUUGGCUGGCAAUGCCAACAGACUGGCCCUAUUAUCGAGCGACUCCGUCCAGGUCAAUAACGCUAAAAAUCUGAUCCAGCAAAUGCAGAGCGAGUUUCGGCAACUGGGCGAGGAUGCCGGCGCCUCAAUCCGUACCCUGUUCAUCAGAAGACCCGAAGAGCAGGGUACAGCAAGGGAAUUGGAUCCGGAGCCAGUGCAACAGCUUCAGCAGCAGGAGCAGCAUCAGUUGAAGGCCAGCUCCCCCUUGACACCCUCAGCAUCAGCGGAUUCCGACGAGCUAAGCAGUCUCGAUGGUUAUCCCAUGUCCUCGUCCCACUCGUCUCGUCGCGGCGCUAGCUCCAAGCUAAGCUCCGACUCUGCCUAUGGAAGCACCAACUCCCCCUACAGCCUGUCGCGCCAGCGGUCCGGCGACCUACAACCGGGUACACCACGCAACCAGAAUCUGCUGCGUCCGCACACGGCCAGUGCCAAGCUGCCGAGCGCCAUGACUGAUGUCUCGACCCAGGCGCACACUGCCUAUGGCACUCUCAAGGCACGUCAGAGGCUUUAUGGCGGCGGCGGGGCUAUCAAUAGCAUUGGCAAUGGCAAUACCGACGGAGCAGAAUCCUCCAGUGGAUCGGAGCACUCUCUGACAAUGUCCACGCAGCAGCCGCAGGAACAACAGAAGCACAAUAGACCAGAUAGCAACUACAACUACCAGCAGCAGCAACAGCAGGUGCAAUCCCAGCCAGUAUAUAACAACAACAACAACAAUGGGCAGGCGUCGCUGACUCCAACCGCAUCGCAGCAUUCCCUGCUAAGCUGUAACUCCGCGUCCAGCCUAAGUUCGAGUAUGAAGAUGUCCAAGUUCUGCCACGAGUGUGGCGGCAGGUUCAUCAUCGAGCACGCCAAGUUCUGCAUGGAGUGCGGCGUGCGGCGAAUGAUACUCUAAUCUCGGGUCUUAACCCCACGUAGAUAUUGUUGUACCCCAUCACCCACUCACAAAAUCACACCGCAACACACUCACCCUGAUGAUGGAUGCUGUUGACGAAGAGCGUCGCCUCCUGGGUUCGGGGUCUUUUAUAAGUGCAUACCAAAUGUAGUUUCUCACACGCAUGAGAGACAUCUAAGGAGAGCGUUUAAUAUGUCCUACACACAGAAUAAUAAUAAUAUUUAAUAUAUAUAUUUUAUUAUAAACCAAAAAUGCGAACACAAAUUUUUAUAUCGAACGAAAGGAGACAGUCAUUGCAGAAGAAGUUCAUUAAAUUGAGGUUUCUCUAAUUAACUUUGCAUUUCUCGUUAAGAGCACAUUUCUCUGACUCAAAACAAACGUAAACCAUUAAUCACUUUAAAAAAGUAAAAUUGUUGAUUAACAAAGACUGAACGAAUUUAUACGAUAGGCGAUGGACAAAAAAAUUAAAUGAAUGACAGGCUCCUCCGCAAGCAAGAUCGUAACUAUUUUUAAACAUUUUUCGAAAACUAACGCAGCAACUCCAUUGUAUUGUAUUCUUUAUAAUCUGAUUACUAAUUAUAUAGAGACACUGCUUAAAUAUAUAUACUCUAAAUGAUAA